CAGGUCCUCAACCCCCGCGCGAGCCUCCUCUCGAACUACGAGGUCCUCGCCCUCCUCAAAGACCUCGAGGCCGACUACCUCGCAAAGGCAAAAACUGCCCUUCGCAUAAAAAAAGAGGAAGAGGCAGCCGGCACCGCGCACAGCGGCGCACACGACCUGCUCGACGACGUCGCGCCCAACCUCAGGACCAUCGAGCUCGAGGCCAUCCCGUACCUCUCGGCGCCCUACCAGCCCACGCGCGCCCAGUCCGCCCCCGGCAUCGCGCGCCUCACGCGCAGCCUCGCAGCCUACGCCCUCACCAAGCCCGAAAAGCUCCAGAUCGUCAACCUCGCCCCGACCGCCGCCGUCGAGCUCUACGUCAUCGUCGAGGAGCUCGAGGACAGGCUCGGAGACAAGAUGGACGACGUCCUCGACCACGUGCGCGCGUCCCUCUCUGACCCCGACCCCGCACUGGCACUGGCAUCCCACCCCGACACCGACACCGCCUUCGACUACGGCACAACGCAGCCCCUCUAUCAGCCGCGCACCGAGCACUGGGCGCCCGACGCGCUCGACGCCAGCGCGGACGUCGAGUUCGUCGACGCCGGCGAGGGCAUGGGCGUCGAGGGCGACCUCGACGUGGACGCGGACGAC